UGGUACUGGGGCUGCCAGCCAAACACACAAGCCACUGACAACACAGAAACAUGGCUGCUUGUGCGUCGGCGAAGGCGAAUCGCAAAGACAACGGUUCUGUGGACAGCUGCAGAUGCAAUGAAGCGUCUCUGUCGCAGUCGCGGGAAAUAAUAAAGCCCUCCAUCGUGGAGCUGACCAAAGAAGUGAGAACGAACAUCCUCUGCACCGUGGAGGGAUGUGGCAAGAUCCUCCCGAACACACCUGCAUUGAACAUGCAUCUUGUCAAGUCUCACAGAGUAAAGGAGGGGCUUGUCAACCCCACCAUCAGAAAGGACAUGAAGGGCUCUCAAAAGCUUUACUGCUGUCCCAUUGAGGGUUGUCCCAGAGGGCCUAACAGACCAUUCUCCCAGUUUUCUCUGGUUAAACAACAUUUCAUGAAGAUGCAUGCAGAAAAAAAACACAAGUGCUCCAAGUGCAACAAUGGCUACAGUACAGAGUGGGACUUGAGGAGGCACAUAGAGGAUUGUGGGAAGACCUAUCGCUGCACAUGUGGCUGCCCCUAUGCCAGUAGGGCUGCACUACUUUCACACACCUACAGGACAGGUCACGAGAUUCCCACAGAGCACAGAGUUCCCCCAGUAAAAAAGCGAAAGAUGGAGAGACUGUUAAGUGGCUCUGUAAAGGUGAAGCCCAGCGAGACAUGUCAGCUUAUGAAUCCCAACAGAGAGCUGUCAGAGGCCUCUUUCCCUUCUGAUACAAUGGUUCACUUCCCAGACUCAGUAAAUCAGACCUCCAACCCCCGCAGGAGCCUUCAAAAAUUGCUACUGCCAAAACCCAAGAUGGCACUGGUCAAUGUUCCUGUAAUGCAGCUGGCCCACCUGCCUGUCCUUCUUCCAUCCACAGAAAGUGGGGCUCUGAGGCCCGUAGUCUUUGCAGUAGACAGCCAAGGUUCCCUUAGCACUGUCCACCUUCUUCCGCAAGCCAUGGGGGCUGUGGUACCCCAACUUGAUGCUAAGAGUCUGAGUUUCAAGGAUAGCAUGCCUACUUCUCGCUCAAGCCUGGGGCCCAUCAGCACAGGGGUGCAAGUUAGUCUGGAACCUGUGGGCUCAGAAGACCCUGCCAGCAGCCCAGGAGGACAACGAGGGAGAAGCACCUCCACCAACAUUCAGACUGACAAAUCCUACCUAUCCAGAAUGCCUGUAGGAGUUGGGGUUGGUGUAGGGAUGAGCAUGUGCUCUGUGGGUGAGUCCUCAGUAUCAUCCUGCUCCCAGACAGACAUCAGUGUGAGUGCUCAAGUCCUCCUACCCGUAAAUGUAGAGACCCAGACAUUCUCUUCCAGAGCCAAAGCCACAUCUACUAUUGGAGCUCAGACAGACAGCCUCUGCCUGAGCCACAUUCCUUGCUCCUCUUCAUCUGUGCCCCCUUAUAAAACCCGACAGACCCAGACCAACUGUCCUAUUGCUGGGCAACAAACAGAGGAUAGGGCUCAGGACCAGGCUAUCAUGUGCUCUGACCUGUUUGACAGUGACUCGCUGAGUGUUUCCACCCAGACAGCUCUGGCCCUAGAUGACCCCCUUGGUUCUGCUGAAAGCACUCUGUAUGAUGACUCGAAGUCAGCAGGGGCUAUGUGUUUUGGGGUUCAGACAGACGAGCUCAACUCAAGCAGCGUGGCAGACAACCAGACCCAAACCAUGACCUUGUUAAAUGACCUAGAGAACAUUCUUUCUGACAGUAUGUCAGGUCACCAGGUGCUUACUGAGGCCUCUGCAGGGUGUGGGCCUGGUUUAGGCUCUGUUCAGGAGCAGCACACUGGCAUUGACUUCGACUUUGAGGAGUUCCUGAAUGCUGUGCACAUCCAGACACAGACAGAGGAGAGUGAACUGGGAGCACUGGGUGGUGACACCCCACUGGAGUCCCUAGACAUCCAGACGCAGACAGAUUUCCUCCUGCUUGAAGAGUUGGACCAGAGCGAGGGGUCGAGUCGAAACCAUGCCAGUGACCUGGAGCUUGAGAUGUUCGAUACUCAAACUCAGACUGACCUCAAUUUCCUUUUGAGUGCUGGAAACCACAUGCCCCUUGGCAAUAUCCUGCGCCAUUCUAGCUUUUCUAUGAGCACAGAGUCCUCAGAUACAGAAACACAGACCGAUAUUCCCUCAUUUGCCACUGGCCUCUCCACUCAGAACCCUGUCCCUCAGGGUGAGCAUGCAAGGCUGCUGAGCAGUACAGAGACACAAACUGUGACCAGCCAGGCAGAGGGCCUUGGACACCUGUUCCUGACUAGUAAUGAAACACAAACAGUAAUGGAUGACUUUUUGUCUGCAGACCUAGCCUGGAACAUGGAGUCUCACUUCAGCUCUGUUGAGACUCAGACAUGUGAGGAGCUGUGUGCUCUCUUUCAGCACCCAGAAAAACCCAACAGCUGAAGUCCUUUCUGUUUGACUGUUUCACCCCCUGCAGAACAGGAUUCUGGUAUCUGCCUGUCCCUCUAGGAGGAAUCAGUCUAUGCUGUCCUCCAACUGUAGGACCACAGGGGAUUUCAGUCUUAUCAGUAAGAAUUCAGCAAGUCUCUAAACAUUCCAUUAAGGGAAUCAUGUAGAGAUGCACCGAUCCGCUUUUUUUGCCAGUUUCAAUCCGAUUCCAAUACCUAAAUUUUGAUAUGUGCUGAUAACUAUACCGAUACCAGAGUUCUUUUCCUUGAAUAUUAGUAUUAUCAGUGUUUCCCCUAGCUUUUUUGCUUUUGGGGGAAGGGGGUGAUAUAUCGGUCAUUUUCAUUGAAAUAAAAAUUAAAUCUUGGAAUUAAAAAAUAAUCUACAGCUUGAAUUUAAAAAUCUACAACUUGAAUACUCGGUGGGGAGUGCUGUUGGGGGGCGGGGCACCCCCUCAAUAAACUGUAGGGGAAACACUAAUUUUUGUUUUUGGUAUUAUGUGCAAGGUUACAUUAGACUGUUACUAGCUCAUUCAGUUGCAGAGUAAUGGUCAAAUGCAGGGACUUUUUACAUGGGCAACAAAAAUGCAGUGCAGAAAUUGCUCAGCCAGUUGACCCUAGCUCUAGGUUUACCAUCAAAUGAUGAAAUGCACCAAACUCAGAUCUGGAAGACAGCACAGGUUGUACCCCUGCUCUCCUGCCACUCCUGCUCCUAUAACAAAACUAAACUGAUGAAUUCCAACACCAGUUUCUCUGGUCAACCCACAAACCGGCAUUGUUUACUUUGCUAGAAGGCAAAUGUGUAUAUUUGUAACACAUUUAAGACAUUUUUAGGGUGCAUACUGUUUGUGUUGCUUUUCUGCUUAAGUGUUGUGAUUAUCGUCAGGGUUACAACACAUGGACCUGCAGGUCAGCCUAAUGUAAUUUAUCCAUUCACAUGAGACAUAGUGACUACAGCAGAGAGGCAAUGCGGAGCGGCAUACGUUUUUUUUGUUGCCCAAAAAAAAGCCCCCCACCAAAAAAAGCCCAAAAGCCUAACUUAUAGAAUUUUGGGAGACAAAAAAUAAGGGGACUGCUGGAUAUCGUUAUAGAACAUUUCGGCAUUUUGGUAUUUUGGCUUACAGUUGCAUUUUUGCAUAUUCGUAAUUCAUAAAAGCAUCCAACUAUGGAAUCUGGAUUUAGUGGAUCGGUAACGUCAGUCCAAUAUUCAGUGUGUGAAUUACAUCAGUAUCAGCAGCCAGUACUGAUAUUGGAUGGGAUCAGUCCCACUUCUAUAAUCAUUUCCACAACCUUUCCAGGCGUAUACCCCAAUAGCUCAGCUGCACUUUAUUAGCUCAGUGGGCAUGAUUAUAAACUACUCUGCCAGUUUACAUAUUUAUUUGCACAUAAGGUAACAUACUGUAUAUGUCUUGUCUGUAAAACCAGAUCUUACAUCUCAGUGUAUAAGCACUAGCACUGGUGGUCACUGUUUGGUCUUAUGCAUACCAGCCGUUUGAAAAUAAUUUAAACACCUCAGUGUCAGAUCUGCUCUUAGAGGAGACAUUUUCUCAUCCAUUAAGGAUCUGGCAAUAAAAAUAUCUCAAACUACUGAAUGGUUUAGCUGUGGGUUGUGUUCAGCCAAAAAAAAAAAAAAAAAAAAAGUUAAAAUUGUUUUUCUCAUCACAGUAUGCAGAUUUGCAUAUGUUGCAUGAAAACAAGUCAGAUUUUAUGUUACACAAAAAUGUGGCACAUUUAAUUGUGCCAUACUAACAAAUUUCUCUGCUACAUUUUUUUAAAAUCUGCAUGAUGCCUUCACAGUGAGCUGUGCAGAAACAAUAGUAAAUAGAAAUUAUCUGCUUGUGUGUUUAAUGGCUGCGUCGUUGAUGUUGCCUUGUCAGUAGCAAAAUUGUGAACAUUCUGAAGAAGAGCAUCUUGCAGUUAUUGCACCCUGUGGAAAACUCAACCACUGAGAACCAGUCAACUUCAGUUUUCCAGAAUAAAGCCCCAUAAACCCUGCAAGUAUGAGCAAAAUAUUGUCCAAUCACCCUGAAGCUUAUAAUUAAUCAUAUUUAUGAGGCACCAGUAAGUGAAAUGCUAAGCCAAAUCCUGUCAGUUGUUGCACACCUUUCAUUGCAAUGUGAUUGUGAAGUAUGGUGUUGUGUUAUCACACUUUUGUCUUUGGGUCACACUAUAGCUAAGCGGUGUCAACUCAGUUAGCAGAUUAGGCUGUCAUUGUCUGUAACUUAUUCAUUAGUUCACUGUAAGUGUAUACAGUAGCAGCACUGUGCUGAAGUGAUCCAGUAAUGACACUGUACAGACAUUCACUGAGGAUUAGAGCUAGGUUUUUGGCUAUUCUGUUGCCACUAAGUUAACUGUGGAUUUACACAUACGCCACCCAGUUCUGACUGCAAAAGCCCUGUUUGAAGUUUGUCCAUUGUAAUUAAUGAGUUUCUCAUGCAGUUUCUUUAUUUCCUGUUCAUGCAAGUACAAAACGUUUAUUUUUAUUUUCUUUAUUGUGUUGGUUUCUUUACACCAUAUUGUACUGAGUUACCUCAUUUGCACAGGCACCCCAUGCAGACUGUGUUCUACUAAGAACAUAGGUAAAGGCCUUGAGUAUUAGUUUGUUUUAUUACGUUGGUGCCUUAAUCCAAGUAUUACUUUUUGUUUGUUUGUUGUUGUUUUUUUAAGAUAAACUUUUUGUUAUAGACAAUUCAAUGUGCUGCUCUGAAAUGAAAUAAGUACACUACAUUAUGUUUUGGGAAAUGAACCAGUUUUAAAAAAAUAAUAAUCUUGUUGAUUUUGAUUUGCAUGUUGAAUUCACUCUUUACAUUCAUUUUUGUCAAUAUUGAAACACUCUUAAUGGUUUCUGAACAUAAAUUCUGUGGAAACAUUCAUCUUCAGUCAUGCAAAAAAUGCUGCCUAUGCAGCAUUUUGUUAAGACAGUUUGCUUAAUACCACAAUACUGUCUAUUUUAGGUAUGGGUGGUUAAUGUUAUUAGAGUUUCUAAAUGUUUGUAGAAACUGAAGAAUGUACAUGACACUGAGUCCAGGUACAAUAUGCUUAGAAUUUUGCACUGUAUCUAACAGUUUUUGAAAAACAUUUCCCUGUGUUAUACACUAUUAUAACAUUUCACAUUCAACUGCAACAUUCAUUGUACUGAUAAUACUACUUCUAAUUUAUGGUUCUUGAAUUUAAUAGCGCUGGGAAGAUGCCUUGCUUUAAAAAGACUUAUGUACAGACCCCUACAUAGCCUUAAGUGUCUGUUAAAGUACUUAAUUUUCCUCCAUAGGGAGUGCAUGCUGAUCUCCACCCCAGCACAACUUCUUUUGUUUACCUUUGCAGCCUUUGGUUGUUUCCGUUGCCUAAAUGUGUAGCGUUAAAGGUUGCCUUGUUUGUUUCAUUGUUGAAGCUAUACUGCAGAUGCUAUUAAUAAACUGCUGGAAAGGUGU